ACGAUUGGACUAAACAAUUCAAAUUAGGAACUAUUACAGUUACAAAUCUAUUCAAACUACAAAAACUAGCAUAUAAGUAUAACAAAAAAGAUCUGAUACAAGGAAUCAAAAAAGUAAUCCUAGAAAAAGGACUUAACAAUAACCAAAUCAAUACAUGA